AUGGAAUUUAUUAGGUCAUUCACUGUGAGUAUUUUGACGUUUAGUGCUGUUACGUUGACAUUAGGUCAUAGGCACGACACCACCAUUGAUCUGCGUCACAUCGGAAUACCGGUUCACAUCCGUAAUCCUGCUUCAGAUGAAACAUUACUGAUUGGGAGUCUAUUCAAAGAGCUUACAAGUAGGCAACAGAGUAGUCUAUCUGUCUUGUCCUUUCUGAAAGAAAAUGUGAACAGCAGCUCAGUAGGAGUAUCAGUGUUUUGUAUGCUUGACACAGAUUUUUUGAAGGCCAAUAGCGGACUUCUUUUGAAAUAUAUAGAUGCUGCAGCAAAGAUUCCAUAUGGGAUUCUUCAAGGAAAAACUAACUGGGUCGGAGAUUAUCAAGAAUGCAGAUCUAUUGACUUGUCUUACAAUCCACAAACUGGCAAAUCUUUCAAAGGAAAGUAUUCUACAGGAGUACUACUAGUCAAUGGAAAACCAGUAUUUGGCACCACGUCUACACUUAUGCUUGGAGUUUGUUUACCUGAUUCUUGCAACGAUAUUGAUGUUAAGAUGUUAAUGAAUGAUUUGUUCGACGUUCUGGAAAAUGCGUCAGCCCUGAUUUACCCAGACUUAUCCAAACAGAACUUUUCAAUUUCCGAAGUUUUUUCUGACAACCAGGAGCCAUUAGAUAGUGGUGCAGUUGCAGUGCUGAUAUUAACUGGGAUUAUUGUUUCGGUAGUUUUAUUAGCAACAGUUGUUGACUAUGGAUGUUCCUCCAACAAACUUAAUUCCAUAAACAAAGUUGACGAGGACGAAAAAGACGAAAGCUCUCACUAUGAUAAUUCAGACAGAUCGAAACUUUUGUCAGGUGAACCUUUCGUUCAGGAUGUUGAAGUGAACGUUGCUAAGCAACGACUUUUAAAAGUUUGUCAGGUCUUUUCAUUAACCAGUAAUGGAGAGAAAGUGAUCGGGACUAAAACAGCAGUUGGUCCUCUAGCAUGCCUUAAUGGAAUUCGUGUAUUAAGCAUGUGGUGGGUCAUCUUGGGUCAUUCCUAUGCUUCACUGGCUUCUUUUAUGGACAAUCCAACAGAGGCAUUAAAGAUUACUCAGAGGUUUACAUUUCAGCCCAUUUUAAAUGGCACAUAUUCAGUUGAUAGUUUCUUUUUCUUAAGCGGUCUUUUGGUUGCUUAUCUUGCAUUAAAGGAAAUAAGAGAGAAAGGUAGACUGAGCUGGCCGUACUAUUUUUUACACAGAUACUGGCGACUCACACCACUUUAUGCUUAUGUUAUAUUGUAUUAUUCUUUUCUUUAUAGCUACACUGUCUUUGGUCCAAACAAGGCAAUGAUGUCGCAGCCACAGGCAACAGCGGCAAUAGACAUUUGCAAAACUAAAUGGUGGACAAAUCUCUUGUACAUCAACAAUAUGUAUCCGAAUUAUGGUAAUUUGAUGACUACGUGUUUAGGGUGGGGUUGGUACCUGGCAAAUGAUAUGCAGUUUUACUUGAUUCUUGGACCAAUUGUAAUUAUAACACUCAGUUUACGCGGGAAAUUAAAGUACAUUGGAAUGUUUCUCACCAUUAUUCUGAUAGUCUUAGGGAUGGUAAUUCGUGGUUUCGUAGUUUGGUAUUAUGGUCUAGUAUUUGAUGACAUAUUUUACAGGCCAACCAAGCACGUUGAUGACCCUUUGGCGAAAAAUGGUCCAUUGUAUGGAAGGCCAUAUACCCGAUAUUCUGUUUAUCUUGUCGGCAUGUUGACUGGUUAUAUACUUGCAACGACCAACAAUCGAAUAAGAUUACGUAGACUUGUUGCUAUUUUUGGAUGGUGUAGUGCUAUAGCUACCGGGUUAUCUGUCAUCUAUGGUCUGUAUUACUACAACAAUCAUCCUGGGACACACAUGACUUUAGUUCAGACUGGAUUUUACCUUGCUAUUGGUAGGACAGCUUGGGGUUUGUGUCUGGCGUGGGUUGUCAUUGCGUGUGUAUCUGGAAACGGUGGGCCUGUCAAGGAUAUCCUAUCCUGGAAAGUAUGGGCUCCACUUGGUAGACUGACUUAUGCAGCAUAUCUUGUGCACCCUUUAGUCAUGAACACAUAUGUGUUAAACAUGGUUCAACCGAUCACAUGA